UCUCUACGUUUCAAAAAUCUCAUUGUGGUAACUGAUUCAGUAUUGGGUAAUGAUGUAGCAGAGGAGUCUUUCCCCAAUCUCUGCUUCUCUUCUCCCUUUGAUUCCUUCCGUUGGUGGGGGAAUCAAUUUCCCGUUUAUGAUGCUCUGUUCUUCUUUCCGAACACGGAUUCGAUCUUGGCUUCGGGAUUACGAUAAGAUUCAAGCAGUUGCUGUUAUUCUCAUUUAUAUUCAAAUCGGUUGCGCGUUGGUUGGAUCUCUCGGCGCAUUGUUCAAUGGCGUCUUGCUGAUCAAUUUGGCGAUAGCAUUGUUUGCCCUUGUUGCAAUUGAAAGUAGCAGCCAGAGCCUUGGCCGGACAUACGCUGUUCUUCUUUUUGGUGCGAUCUUGCUUGAUAUCUCGUGGUUCAUUCUCUUCUCGGACCAGAUAUGGAACAUUUCUCGUAAGUCAUAUGGAGCCUUCUUUAUCUUUUCGGUGAAACUCGCACUCUCAAUGCAAAUUGUUGGGUUUUCUGUGAGGUUGGCAUCUUCAUUAUUAUGGAUUCAGAUGUACAGAUUGGGGGUUUCAUCUGUAGACAAUACAGCUUCUCAAGAAGCAGAUUUUGAUUUAAGGAAUAGUUUUUUGAAUCCCUCUGCCAAUGCCAUGGCUAGACAGACCUCUGAUUCUGAGGGCACAUUAGGAGGUUCUAUUUAUGACCCUGCUUAUUACUCAUCUCUCUUUGAAGAUGCUCAAGAAUAUGGACAUCAGGGCCAUAAGGAUAGUAUUGAUGAUGUGGGUUCCACGUCAGCUGCUGAUGCUUUACAAUUGAAGUCAUGUAUUGGCAAAUCUUUUCAGGUUGUUGAUGAAGAGAGUGCACUAAACAAGCCGUAGAGUCAUCCAAUUUUGAUAUCCCAGAGUUGGAGUACAUUGGUUGGUGAAGUCUUGACUCAUUGGCAUGCAUGCAUUCACCAUUAGUUCGUAUCCAAUUUUUGUUCAUUUCUACAUUCAAAUUGGGCCAGGUAGUGUACAGAAGUGGGCUUUGUACAGUUUACCAAUUGUGCACCAUUCUUUUCCAUGUGAUCAAAUGUGUUGAUACCUUAUUAUCCAACAUAGAGAGAGCCAGGGCUUCUUUUUGUUCACCAAGAAUUUGCCAUUAUCGGAGAUUCUCUGUUAGUGAUGGUAGAUUAUGCUCUCCAUUGGUAACUCAAAUCUUGUCUGCCACUUUUGUGCACAUGGAUCUUGGCGGUGCCCUUGGAUAGCAGCAGCAGCCUCCUAAAUUGACAUUGUUUGGACUUCGUCGCAAACUCGCAAACAGGAGCUCUCUUCUGGACUGCCCAGCUGCUAUAUUGUUAAGACUUAAAUGUGGUCCAAAUAGGGGAACUCCUGCGUAGAGCAUUGGGGAAUAGUGGGAUGAGUGAUGUUUUCAGGAAUUAGAUAGAAGAAACUCAACUUGAUGGAUGAUUCUACCCAUCAAAUCAUUUCUAUAGUAGUUAGAAUGGAGAUAUGAGUUCUGAUAGAAGGGGGUUGGGAGAUGUAUUGAUCCCAUAAUUAAUUAUUCGACGACAAGUAGUAAUUUGUUCCACUGAUUGCCACCGUUUGCAGCACAUAGAGGAAGUCUGAAUUGGGGUCAUACUUGAUUGACUCUGAUGAUGAAUGAAUUGACAGUAGAUCAGUUUGCAAAUUGUAGUGAAAUUUCAAUUUAUUAAUUCCAUCUGAUUGCUUAGUCUAAA